UAUUAUUGUCUAGUUUAUAAAGGUGUCAGUACUUAUGAUUACAUAAUGCAACAAAGAACAAGAAAUGAACAAAAUAAUAAUAAUAACUCAUCUAAUAACUGUCUGUACAGGAACAGGGUCACUCCCCUACUGGAAGAAGGUGGCGGCCAUUUUAAAAUGGCGGAAUCAUCUUCAAACAGUUCCUCAAGUUCAGCUGGUAAGAUGACAUUUGGUCGGACCCCGCCCCCUUCAGUUGAAGGUGAUAAUGAAGAUUACACUAUAUCCCAUAGUGAAGAACAUGCUGACUUAGCAAGAAACCAAUCUGGGAAACAUCGGACUGGUAACCAUGACGAUGAUGAUUUUAGUAACCGUCGUAACGUUCAAACACCCUCUCAAUUUGAAUCUUCACAAGACGUGGUGUUUAAUUAGUAAGUGAAAUAAUAUUAAUGAUACUUUUA